AAACAUGAAUGCUAACAAAACACGUAUGCACUGUAUAUCACUGAUCUCUCCCAGAGUGACCAGAGUCCAUUUCUCUUUAAACCUAGUCAACCAGAAUCAAUCUGGCCCAAGUAAUGUUUGCCUUUCUUGCCUUCACAUUCAGCGAUCACACUUUGUAAUGAGUCCUUAGAGGCUCUCACAUCUCACAGUUUGUUUUAACGGGAUACAAACCAGCAAAUGUUUCAUUUUACAUAAUGAGGUUAGUUCACUUGUGGACAUGAGCUAAUAAUGGAGGUACAACAAUGAUGAUGUCACUCCGAUGACAACAUGGCUUUUCCCAACACCUAUGGGUUAAUCUUUGCCUGUACCUGUGGUGUGAUCCUGGGCAUUGGGCUGUGUGCCAACCUGCUGGUCUUCUCUUUGUUUGCCAAGUACAACACACUGCGUAAGAACCGGCUCGAUAUCCUUCUGUUCAGCAUGACUCUGGCUGACUUCCUAACUCUCCUGCUCAUCCCUUUCACACUGCACUCUGCUGUAAGUCACUCCUGGCCUCUUGGUGACAUCUCCUGCAAGGUUUACCAGUUCCUGCUAGCCUUCAGUCUGGCAGCUAGCACCUAUUCGCUAUGCGCUGUGUCCAUGACCCGAGCCAUGAUCAUCACCAACCCGUACCAGCCUCCCACCAUGGAUCUGGUCAUUCUUAUGUUUGUCUUGGUCUGGGCCCUCAGCUUCUUUAUUAGCCUGCCUCUGCGAAUGUUUGCUACCAAAAAGAGCAUGGGCCCAAACCUGACAAACUUCACCUUCUGCCUUCCAACCAUUCAUGAGCACCACUACCAAGUGGUCCUAAGCCAGUUUGUACUUUACUACUUUAUUCCGAUGCUAGUCAUUGCAUUCAACUAUGUCCGUCUGGCUCUGUUUCUCCACAAGAGUCCUGUAAUGUCAGUGUCCAGUGCCAAAAACACCCGCAGAGCCUCUGUCAUGGUUUUCUUGGCUGCAGCUACCUUCUCAGUGUGCUGGCUGCCUAGUUAUGUGCUGGAGCUGUGUGUGUACCUGGGGCUGUAUCGCCACAGAGCGGCUUGGGAUAUAUUCCACUUUAUCUGUACUGUGCUCCAAUACCUGCAUCCCUGUGUCAACCCAGUGCUCUAUGUGCUGCUGUCUAAGCGCUACCGCCACAGGAGGGCAGCCUGGCUCUUCAGCUGUAACAGGAACAGGGUGCAGCCGCAGGUCACCAGUGUUACCACAGACAGCCUUUAGAGUCAGCUGAUUUGUUUGUGAGCUGAAGACACCUUUUUAUUACAGUUACUGUUUGUACAAAUCAAAAUUUCUGCUGUGUCUGCCAUUUUUUUUAGUUGUUGCUGUUGUUGACAUUUGUGAUUAUUUCAGUUUCCCAUUCCAAGUGUGCGCUUUAAAUAUAGAAGUAAGUAGACAUCAAAAGUCUAUUUUCAGGCGUGACACAUCUGCUAUGUGCCUUAAAAAGCAGGAGGAAUCAGUUUCUGUAUCGCUAUCUUAAUGACGAUUUGUCUUUGAAACAAUAUCCUACCUUAUUUUUACAAAUGACUGUGAUUUCCCACCACCAUCGGGGGGUCAAUUUUCUUUGCCCAUCAUGUUGAAAUGUGUUUGAGGAUUAAUACAGAUCUGAUUACAAUGUAUCUGUUUUAAUAGAAACACAUUCAGAAGAAUCAUGAGAUCACAAUCACUAGAGAAACCGUCUGUAUUUGUGGUGUAAAUGUAAAAAUAUGUAGAGGUUUUUCAGACUUAAUACAUUAUGAAGCUUGAAUGUUUUUGUAUCCCUGUUUGGAUUUUUUCCUUCACUUUUUUUUAAGAGAAACUUUGUACACAAUCUUUCACUGUUACCUUCACUACUUACACAUUAAAAUUUCAGAAUAAAACUAAUAUGAUGGUCACCUCAAUUAUUCUGUAGUUUUAUGUUUUUAACAGUAAAUAAACGGAUGGAUAAAAGGUCAGGACACUGAUUGCACACAGUUUGCUUUUUCUUUUGUUUUGCCGCAGUGUUUCUCUUAAAUAUUUGCUUCUGUUUCUAGGAAUAUAAUAACAAGCCUCAUAAAACACGCUGCAGUGUUCAGGUUGCUGUUGUGACAGUACUCCAUAUCAUUCAGAGAGGAUCUCAUCCUGUGGUUCAAAGCACUCCAGUCUCAUCCAUCUGGAAAAAAAGUGGAAUUUGUAGUCCUUGUUCGGCUCUGAUGACCAGCUUUGAGGUGGAGGGCCACUCUAAUCAGAACCUGUAGCAGGUGUAGAACUAGCUCGUGUGUGAUUAAGGUUACCACCAGGGGCUGCAGUCAAAGAUGGUGGGCACUGAGUUCAUUGACAGGGUGGGAGACUCACUAGAAACCAGCUGAUAUUGAUACUCAUUUUUUUUUUGUCAUAAAGUACACAGAAAAUAGAAUAUUGCUUGGAGAGAAACUUGAAAUUUAAUUAUUUAAUGAUUUAUUUGAGAAAGCUGGUCUGCUUCCUGUUACUCUUUACACAU